AUGGUGUACAGAAUAACUGGAGUCCACGCAGGUAUUAUAGGAAUAACAAGAAGGAUGUUAAGCACAACAGCAUACAGUUCAGACAGGCAGAUAGAGUUGUGUGCUGCGUACAAGGCGGUAGAACAACAGGUGUCCAAUAGUAUCAAUGGAUGCGGAAGAUCGCGUGCAGAUGUGUUGUUGCUGGCAGUGUCGAAAUUGAAGCCAGCUUCAGAUUUGAUGAUUCUCUAUGAAUAUGAAGGUGUUAGAAAUUUUGGAGAGAACUACGUACAAGAACUGAUAGCCAAAUCCAAGCAGUUGCCUCAGGAUGUUAAGUGGCACUUCACGGGGACUUUGCAAACAAAUAAAUGUAAGGACCUUGCAAAGAUUAAAAAUUUGUAUGCUGUGGAAACCAUUGAUUCAGUGAAAAAAGCUAGAAAGUUGGAGGAAUCUAGGGCGAAGUUCUAUCCUGAUGCAAGCCCAGUGCGCUGUAGCAUCCAAAUCAACACAUCUUACGAGAGCCAGAAGGCAGGGCUAUGUAAAGAAGAAGAGAUAUGUGAAUUGGUAGAGUAUUUGAUUUCUCCAGAUACAAAACACCUUCAAUUAAGAGGCUUGAUGACAAUUGGGUCGUGGGAAGUCUCGCAUUCUGUUUCUGGGGAGAACAAGGAAUUUUCAAUUUUGGUGGGAUGGAAGAAGAAGCUAGAUGCUAAAUAUGGUAUUGAUCUAGAAUUGUCGAUGGGGAUGAGUUCAGACUUCGAGCAGGCAAUCAAACAGGGGACAUCAGAGGUACGUAUUGGUACCGAUAUAUUUGGCGCUAGGCUACCUAAGAAUGUACCUACGGAUUAG